AUGGACACCAAACUCCACCCAACAGUUACUGUCACCAACAUCAAAUCAUUCAUCCCCAUCACCCUUGAAUCUGACUCCGCACAGUCCACGACAUGGUCGGAGUUCUUCCGCAUCCACUGUCGAGCGUUUCUUGUUUCCGAUCACCUUGAACGUCCUGCCACUACCACUUCCGAUACCACCAAAACCACCGACACUGAGAAAACAUCAACCCCGAAAACUGCUCUUGAUUCGUGGGAGAGGCUGGAUGAAAUAGUCCUUCAAUGGAUCUAUGGCACCAUCUCCUCGGACCUUGUUCAAACCCAUUAUGAAGAAAGGCUCCACUGCCUAUGUUGCGUGGGCUGCCCUCGAGGCCCUGAACUCAAAGUAAUUGCCGACCAACUCAACAAUAUUGAAGCCCCUGUUGAUGACCAAUCUCUUGUGUUGCAAACAUUGGCCGGUUUUACCGAUUCCUAUGAAGUUGUGGCCAUUGUUCUUGGCAACACAAAACCCCUGCCAUCCUUCAACGAGGUCCGUUCAUAA